GUGUGUCUAUGUUAGCAUAUAUAUAUGCAAUAGUAAUAACCAGCACGCAGAGCAGUAGGCAGAUGAGUGCAAGGUGUACACCAUCGUCCUACGUCGUCGUCGUAUAGAGUCAAGUCGAUCAUGGCGCAAGAAGAACAAGGCGAAGGUGAUAUAGAGGCGCCAAAAAUCCAAGAGGAAUCUGAUGGCAAUGGUAUUGUCGCCUCCGUCGCAUUCCCUACUAUCAAGGAGGUUACAAGGGAAUCACGAGCCCUCAACUCUGAUAGCAAUUGUAUUGUUACCACCGUCGCAUUCCCUACUAUCAAGAAGAUCACACGGGAAUCACGAGCCCUCAACUCUGGUAGAUACGAGCCAUGCCAUGUGUGGAUCGGCCCGUACUACGACCCCCGAGAUUCCUCCUCCUCCUCCUCCCAACUGCGCAGCAGGAUGGACGAUGGGCGGGAAUAUCUCCAACUACUCAUAAUAGUUGCUGCUAAUAAACCGCCAGCAGAGGGACGAACAAACGAUUUGGAAAACGCUUUGGUUAUGGAAAUUAGUAAACAGCUUGAUGCUGCCUCCCCGGGGCACUACGACUACACGGAGAAGAGCUGCUGGACCGGUGAUCGGGAGGACUUGGCACGGAUGCUCUUAUUUGAUGGGUGCUACCUCCUCACUGAGUACGUCAGUGCAAAGACGCUGCAGCAGCAGUACCAGAGUGCACAUGCACCACCGGGGUCAUCAAAGGGACAGGGACAGGGACGGAUGAGACAGGGAGAAGGCUCGAGCUCGAGUGGCAGUGACGACAAUAAGGAUGCCAGCAAUGCCCUGGUGGUGCGGGACACCUGGUACAUAUUGCAGAAUCAGAUUCCGUUCUUGGUGCUUGAGGAGAUCUUCAAGCAGGUAACCGGAUGCGCCACCGCCGAAUAUGCUCGCAGGGACAUCAUCAGCCGUGCGCAUCUCCUGUUGGAUAAGCACAGGAUGUGCAUCAGCCCUAGCCACCCCGCCGCUUCCAAGCUUCUGGUGGUGGAUGAUCCACCUCAGAAUCAGACUACUGCUGCUAUAUUCCAUCUCCUGCACCUGCUGCACAAAUUGUUGAAACCACAUAAUAAAAAACCACCUGCAGGAUCAGGAUCGGGAUCGGGAUCAUCAGAGCCCGAAUCCGAGAUGAGGAAGAGCGACAGAAGAGCUCAAGGCCAGUGGCACCGGGCCACAGACUACCGGAUGUACGCCAACGUCGAGUUCAAGGGAAGAGACCUUGGGGACGACGACGACGACAGUGAUGCUGAUGCUGAUGCUGUGCUCUCUGUGCUCGACGUGCGCAUCAAGGGACGCAACGUCAUUAUCCCUUGCCUGCGCAUCGACGGGGACACCUGGACGAUCCUGCUCAACCUGAUGGCGCUGGAGGGGCAGCACCCACGGCUGCUGGGCACCUACGUCACGGCUUACUGUCUCUUCAUGUCGCAGAUAGCCUGCACCAAAGAGGAUGUGGAGCUCCUGGAGGCCAAAGGCGUCAUCGACAGACACCUAAGCACGCCGGAGAGUGUCGCGGCGGACUUCUCCAGACUCUGCGAUGCCGUCGUCUUGGACAGGAGCAACAGCAAAUCAAACUACCUCAAGCCCAUCUGGCAGCAUCUGGACAAACGCUACACAAGUCGAAAGCACAAUGUUCUAUCAUGGAUCCGUCUCAAUUACUUAACUUGCAGGAAUAUAUCGGUUCUCCUCGGGGUUUUCUCAGCUAUCAUUCUUCUUGGCGCUGGACUGCUCAGUGCAGUCUACCAAGUUCUCUCGUAUUAUCACCCACAGAAUGUCGCACCGGCACCACACCACAUGGGUACAAACUAGCUUAUUACUACUCUAUAUUCCAAAUUAUAAGAUGUUUUAGUUUUUCUAGAUGCAUUGUUUUAUUAUGUACCUAAACAUUAGUAUAUAUCUAAAUAUAUAUUAGCAAAAGCUAUGUAUCUAGAAAAAUCAAAACGUCUUAUAAAUAAUUUGAAACAGAGGGAGCAUUUUCCAAGCAAUAUCAUAUCAUGCACCUUUUAUUUUAUCCUAAGAUGUAAUAUGUAAGCGGGACUGGUGUGUGUUAUUACCUCUGACCAAUAUUGUGAUUUCAUGCACCUUUUAUUCUAUUCUGAUAUGUAGUAACUAGUAAGUGACACCAAUAUAUUGUGAUUUCAUGCACCUCUUAUUUUAUUCUAAUAACUAGAUUUAUGCCCGUGCAUUGCUAUGAGACAAAUAAACUUUUAUACUAAAAUAACAAAUAUUAUAAAAUUAAAUACCGACGUUAAACUAACAUUUAAUUCAAAAAGUAAAGUUCGUGAAAGCGCGGUGUUGCAGGCUCACAAACUCUACAUUAGAGCUAGCAUGCCAUUUUUCUAUUGGUUCACCAUUAGAAAUAACUUUUUUUUUCUUUUCAUCUUGUGUAGCAAGGUUUUUAUCUUUUUAUCCAAUAUAGCAUAUCCUGACAGGGAAAAGAAUAGACACCGAUAGAAAAUAUUUUUCCUGACAACUAUUAAUAUAACACCAAUAGGAAAUCUUUUACUCUUACAGUGCAAUCACUAGGUUUACUAUAAAUCAUUGAGCUUUGGGUUUGAAACACACAACCCAAAAAAUAAGAACAAGCACAUGUGCACACAUAUAUGUUGCAACAAACCACUACCACAAUCUCGAAUUGCCUUGAGUGCCAAAAACCGCCAAGAAAAGGGGUUAAACCACCAAGGAAAUAAUUCUUGACCACAAACCGUCAAGCAAACACACUCAAGGAUAGAAGCUAAGGGAAAUUAGUUUUCUUGGCGGUUCUAACACUCAAGGAAAGGCACGCCACGGAGGAAAGGCAACUAUUUAGUUCAGCUUUAAGGUUGGACAUGCACAUAUUUCAUAGUAGAAAUUUAUGCCAAGGUGUGGCAGACAUAUUCUCCACCACAAGUCUUCGAUGACACCACAGCUAAGUGGCUGGUGUGCGCUAUGAACCAAACAAUCUCUAUAUAAAUAUGCCAUUGAUGCUAUU